UUUGUGCUCUGGUUCGAUUUGGAAAGCAAAAACCACGGCAUCGCGUCUUGCUCUACACAACCUUCGACGCGCCUCCCCUUCCAUGCCCAGGUUUUGCAGGCAACACUUCACAUCAGCACCUGAAAGUGACUGAUCAGACACGAGCAGGAGGGAGCAUCAGUAAUACUUUUUCACUAGCGGGUAGUUAUGACCACCAUCUCGCCCACCAAACGGCGUAUCCUCGGGUCAUUGAAUCCCAACGCGUCACCGUGCCAGAGCUCCAAGUCUGAGUUCGAGGGGCGCAUGGAAGAAGUGCAAGCAACUGAAUCAACUGUUCUUCCUGCAGGGUGUGAGAACAAUCGUCGUGAAGAGGAGCCGGCUAGGAAGAAGGUGUGCCUCGAUCUUCGGGGAGCACAACAGCACCGGCACCAGCACCAGCAGAUAGGAGCUGGCAGUCAUGGCAGGAGAAAUCGGUCGAAAUCAGCCUCUCCUCCUACCGAGGCUACUGUCUUGUUGGGCAAGUCAACUACUACCGACCUUUCACAAUCCACCGACAUGAGACACGAGAGGGUUUCGUCUCUAUCGGUGCUACCAGCUCUGCAUCCAGCCCGCGUGGCGGCCGAAGGAACGGCCCGGGCGGUUGCGGAGGUCCUGUCCGUUCCCAUGGCGACCCAAAUCGCUUACCCAGCCGGUCUUGUGGGCAACUUUAACAAUCACAGGCAACCAAAAAGGACAAAUAACCCCCGUCUUCGUUUCGUGAAUCAGGCGGCCAGACAGAAAGCGGAAAUCCUCCGUCUCCGCCUUAGCCUGGCCGCUUACAAGAUUCAGACAGGCCAGACUGACGUCCCGCUUGAGCAACUGGAGAUGCGUUCACUGCUACCGCUGGGGGGAUACCACCACAGCCAGGGACGGCUGGCGGAUGGUGGUGCCUCACCAGAAGCAGCAGUAGACAGAUAUCAUGAUGGCAGCAACAGCAACCCAGCGAACUGGAGCUUCAUCAGCAAUAGUAGUACCAACAGCAACAGUAAUAACCAAGGCCACGGUUACUUCCAGCGCAUGAACCACCUCCGACACGCCGCCGGAGCAGCUAUCGAAGCUGUCCAAGCGAAACAGGAGCGUCGAACGGCUUGGCGGGAGAGGGAACAGUACAGGGAAUGGUAUGAACAGGAUCAAAGCCGACAGCGACAGCGGCGUCAGCAGCAGCAGAAGCAGCGCAAUCUUGGAAGCGGCAGUAAAUCACUGCUAUCCGAUCAGGGGGAUCGAGUAAGUCGGCCUGAUACUACGUUUACGGGUUCAGGUACUGGUGUUAUUACGACCGCCGCCAUGACAACGACUACGACGACGUCCCCUCAUCUUAAUCGCCUGGACCUUGCGGAGCGCGCGUUGCAGGCUCAUCAACGGCUUCAGUCGAGGGCGGUCACAGAAGAGCUAUUGAUGGACCAUGAGCAUGAGCAUGAGCAUGAGCAUGAUGAGAUUGACUCGGAGCCAAACUCUCAACAACUUACACACCACCACCACCACCAACCCCAACAGCAGCAGCGUCAUCGACAUCACCUGGACAACGCCCACGAAGGGUGGGUAGUACGCCCUGCUACAGAGAACGGUCCAGAGGUUGCCAAUGAUAUUGCAGCAGGACCAGGGAGGAGAGACCGCAAUGAUGAUCACGAAGAAGAGGAGAGCAUACAAUCCAGAUCCAGGAGUCACCAGAUGGUGGGCCCCGGCCCGAGUUACUCCACUGAACCUGAGCUUGAACCUGAGCUACCCAGCCUGACGCCGUACCAGUCGAAGGCCGGUGAAAAGGAGGAGCAAGAUGGAGACGGGAAUGGUGAUGGAGAUGAGGCUGCCAGUGGGUUGUUGAGCUUGUCGAGGGGCUAAGGGCCGUCUACCAUCCCGUAAUAUGGAUCUGAACGGUGGCCGUGGGACAGAAGGCGUUAAAUAAUCUUUGACUCUGCUGGCAUAAAUUUGGCAAGAAAGAGAAAAAGUCGCUUACAGAGUAUGAUCAUGGUUGGAAUUUUAAAAAGCAUGUCGUAAAGGCAUUUCGUUAAGGCUAUGUAUCUUUUGGUGUAUGCAGGCGUGAGAGUCAGCAUCAUGGUCUUGGACUGGAUCAGAUAACAUACCUACAUAUGUGUAUUACUGGUCUAGUCUAGGCAACCGG